AUGCAGAUUUUCGUGAAAACUUUGACCGGUAAGACCAUCACUCUCGAUGUCGAGCCAUCUGAUACCAUUGACAACGUCAAGACUAAGAUCCAAGACAAGGAGGGAAUUCCACCUGAUCAGCAACGUCUUAUCUUUGCCGGAAAGCAACUUGAGGACGGACGUACCCUUUCUGAUUACAACAUCCAAAAGGAGUCUACUCUUCACUUGGUCCUCCGUUUGCGUGGAGGUAUGCAAAUCUUUGUCAAGACUUUGACCGGUAAGACCAUCACUCUCGAUGUCGAGCCAUCUGAUACCAUUGACAACGUCAAGACCAAGAUCCAAGACAAGGAGGGAAUUCCACCUGAUCAGCAACGUCUUAUCUUUGCCGGAAAGCAACUAGAGGACGGACGUACCCUUUCUGAUUACAACAUCCAAAAGGAGUCUACUCUUCACUUGGUCCUCCGUUUGCGUGGAGGUAUGCAAAUCUUUGUCAAGACUUUGACCGGUAAGACCAUCACUCUCGAUGUCGAGCCAUCUGAUACCAUUGACAACGUCAAGACCAAGAUCCAAGACAAGGAGGGAAUUCCACCUGAUCAGCAACGUCUUAUCUUUGCCGGAAAGCAACUUGAGGACGGACGUACCCUUUCUGAUUACAACAUCCAAAAGGAGUCUACUCUUCACUUGGUCCUCCGUUUGCGUGGAGGUAUGCAAAUCUUUGUCAAGACUUUGACCGGUAAGACCAUCACUCUCGAUGUCGAGCCAUCUGAUACCAUUGACAACGUCAAGACCAAGAUCCAAGACAAGGAGGGAAUUCCACCUGAUCAGCAACGUCUUAUCUUUGCCGGAAAGCAACUUGAGGACGGACGUACCCUUUCUGAUUACAACAUCCAAAAGGAGUCUACUCUUCACUUGGUCCUCCGUUUGCGUGGAGGUAUGCAAAUCUUUGUCAAGACUUUGACCGGUAAGACCAUCACUCUCGAUGUCGAGCCAUCUGAUACCAUUGACAACGUCAAGACCAAGAUCCAAGACAAGGAGGGAAUUCCACCUGAUCAGCAACGUCUUAUCUUUGCCGGAAAGCAACUAGAGGACGGACGUACCCUUUCUGAUUACAACAUCCAAAAGGAGUCUACUCUUCACUUGGUCCUCCGUUUGCGUGGAGGUAUGCAAAUCUUUGUCAAGACUUUGACCGGUAAGACCAUCACUCUCGAUGUCGAGCCAUCUGAUACCAUUGACAACGUCAAGACCAAGAUCCAAGACAAGGAGGGAAUUCCACCUGAUCAGCAACGUCUUAUCUUUGCCGGAAAGCAACUUGAGGACGGACGUACCCUUUCUGAUUACAACAUCCAAAAGGAGUCUACUCUUCACUUGGUCCUCCGUUUGCGUGGAGGAAACUAG